AUGGACGAGCCCAACCAGCCGAUCAAAAUAGAGUCCCUCAAGGUGAAAGUUGACUUCCUGAAGGUGCCCCUCGGCCUGAAGAAGCCCACUCUGAAGGAGGCAGCGGCUGCCUUGGCAGCCGUCCCAGGGCCUGGGAGACCCAAGUCCAUCAACGUGGACCGCUACAAGGCUCGGCGUUCUGACAACAUGGACAACGAGUCGCAGUACUCGGGGUACUCCUACAAGUCGGGUCACUCGCGCAGCUCCCGGAAGCACAGAGAUCGGCGGGAGCGGCACCGCUCCAAAAGCCGAGAUGGGAGCCGAGGGGACAAGUCGGUGACCAUCCAGGCCCCUGGGGAGCCUUUGCUGGACAACGAGUCGACUCGAAACAGCAGAAAGGAUGACAACUGGGGGGAGACCACCACGGUGGUGACAGGCACGUCGGAGCACAGUAUCUCCCACGAUGACAUCACACGCAUCACGAAGGACAUGGAGGACAGCGCCCACUUGGACUGCUCACGGCACCUGGGCGUCUCCCUGGGCGGGGCCUUGGCCCUCCUCUCCUUCCUCACCCCCUUGGCCUUCAUGCUCCUGCCCCAGCUGCUGUGGGGAGAGAAACUGGAGCCCUGCGGGACACCUUGCGAGGGACUCUUCAUCUCGGUGGCCUUCAAGCUCCUUAUCCUCCUCUUGGGCAGCUGGGCCCUCUUCUUCCGCCGCCCCAAGGCCUUCUUCCCGCGCAUCUUUGUCUUCCGGGCCUUGCUCAUGGUGCUGGUUUUCCUCCUGGUGGUCUCUUACUGGCUCUUCUAUGGCGUCCGCAUCCUGGACUCGCGCGACACCAACUACCAGGGCAUUGUGCAGUACGCCGUCUCCCUCGUGGACGCCCUCCUCUUCGUCCACUACCUGGCUGUGGUUCUUCUCGAGCUGCGGCAGCUCCAGCCCCACUUCACCCUCAAGGUGGUGCGCUCGACCGAUGGGGCCAGUCGGUUUUAUAAUGUCGGCCAUCUCAGCAUCCAGCGAGUUGCCGUGUGGAUCCUUGAAAAUUACUACCAUGACUUUCCGGUUUACAACCCUGCCCUCCUUAACUUGCCAAAGUCAGUUCUGUCCAAGAAAAUGUCUGGGUUCAAGGUGUACUCACUUGGAGAAGAAAACACGACCAACAACUCAACGAGCCAGUCGCGGGCCGUCAUUGCCGCAGCUGCCCGGAGGCUAGUGGUGGCUGUAGAAGAGGCCUUCACGCACAUCAAACGGCUCCAGGAGGAGGAUCAGAAAAACCCGCGGGAGAUCAUGGACCCGCGAGAGGCAGCCCAGGCUAUCUUCGCCUCCAUGGCCCGGGCCAUGCAGAAAUACUUGCGCACCACCAAGCAGCAGCCCUACCACACGAUGGAGAGCAUCCUGCAACACUUGGAGUUCUGCAUCACCCAUGACAUGACGCCCAAGGCAUUCCUUGAACGUUACCUGACUGCUGGGCCUACCAUCCAGUACCACAAAGACCGCUGGCUCGCGAAGCAGUGGACUCUGGUCAGCGAGGAGCCAGUGACCAACGGCCUGAAGGACGGGGUGGUCUUUGUCCUCAAGCGCCACGACUUCAGCCUGGUGGUGAGCACCAAAAAGAUCCCUUUCUUCAAGCUCUCGGAAGAGUUUGUGGACCCCAAAUCGCACAAGUUCGUGAUGCGGCUUCAGUCGGAGACUUCGGUGUGAACUGAAACCGGGGCGAUGGGCUUGAAGGCCUGGGAAUGACCUUCUGUGACAGGGGAGCAGCCAGGUGCACAACAGCUUCCUCUUUUGCUCUCGCUGGAAGAGGGCCAUCCAGUCGGUCGAAAGCCCUCUUGGCGAAGGCGUUUUACAUCUACUGCCUCUCUGCGUCUUCUGAUGCCGACAUCAACCACUCCUUUCCCUCCAGAAGUUCUUCACGGUCGCUGAGUGAGGGGGGGGGGACACAGGAGACGGAGGGCGACCUAUUCCUGCCCCUCCCCGUUUCCAUUCUCUCCAAUCCCAGUUGUGCUUGUAGCAAGCCCUAGAAGGUGCACAGAUGCGAAGGAUGGCACAAUUUCUCCCCUCCUCCCCCCAAGACACAACUGAAAGUGCGGUGCCAAAUUUUAAGGGCUAAUUCCGUUCACUGUUUUCACCAGCAUCUCCGAACGCAGUUGGGUCUGAGGAAAUUUCUUGAAUGUUUUUUUUUAAAGAGUAAAAACAGCAACCAACUAACCUCACUGCUCUGGCCUUUGAAACAUCGACCUGAUUCUGUCGUCGGUAUCUCUCUGUCUCCGAGCUGUGGCUUGAACUCUCACAAGACUUGGCGGAACAUCAUGGAAGAAAGCGCCUCCUAAGCCAGGUGGUCAUGGCUGCUAUUUUUCAUCUCCCGUCCCCUAUGUGCGCACGUGGAGGAUGAACCCAGCUGGCCCCUCAUGGUUGUUUGCAGUUCCGGUACAGAAACAUCCCGUUUCACUUUCCUCUGCUGUU